AGGUCAAGGUCGUAGCUUUGCAGCAUCCUUGUACAACGUAUCGUAUAACAGAGAAUCAUGUCACUGCCAUCUACUGCUGUUUCCACGAAACCUUUUGAGGGUCAGAAACCCGGAACAAGCGGACUUCGGAAAGCUGUCAAAGUGUUUCAACAAGAAAAUUACACAGAAAACUUUAUUCAAUGCACACUGACCGGUGCACUUGCAGAAAAACUGUCCGGCUGCACUUUAGUGGUUGGAGGAGAUGGAAGAUAUUUCAUGACUGAAGUGGCUGAUAAAAUUGUGAAGAUUGCAGCAGCUAAUGGGGUUUCGAGGUUAAUAGUUGCACAUAAUGGGUUGAUGUCAACUCCAAGUGUAUCCUGUGUCAUUAGGAAGUAUAAUACAGAUGGAGGGAUCAUAAUGACCGCCAGUCAUAACCCUGGAGGACCAAAUGCUGAUUUUGGCAUUAAAUUUAAUAUAUCUAAUGGAGGUCCAGCUCCUGAAGCAGUAACCAAUGCCAUGUACCUGCUAACAACUACCAUUACUGAAUAUAAAAUAUGUAACGAUCUAAAUGCUGACCUCUCAACACUCGGAGAACAAAAGUUCCAAGUUGACGGAAGACAAUUUACAGUACAAGUGAUAGACUCUGUAGCGGAUUAUAUAGACUAUAUGAAAGAGAUCUUUGAUUUCUCUGCUAUAAAAUCUUACUUAUCAUCACCUGGAGUUAAUGUACUUCUAAAUUCUAUGAAUGGAGUGAUGGGUCCCUAUGUGAGUAAAGUAGCCUGUGAUGAGCUUGGAGCUUCACCAUCCAGUAUAGUAAACUGUAAACCAUUACAAGACUUUGGGGGCUUACAUCCUGAUCCUAACCUUACAUAUGCUGCUGAUCUCGUCACAGAAUUAAACAAAGGAAAUCAUAGCUUUGGUUGUGCAUUUGAUGGCGAUGGGGACAGAAAUAUGAUUUUGGGUAAAAAUGCCUUUUUUGUAAACCCAUCUGAUUCACUGGCUGUGCUGGCUAAUAACCUAGAUUGUAUCCCAUACUUCCAAAGAACUGGUGUCAAAGGUUUAGCUAGAAGUAUGCCAACAAGUGGAGCAGUAGACAGGGUAGCAAAGGCUAAAGGAUUAGAAUGUUUUGAAGUUCCAACAGGAUGGAAAUUCUUUGGUAAUUUAAUGGAUGCUGGCAGGUUAUCAUUGUGUGGUGAGGAGAGUUUUGGUACUGGUUCAGAUCAUAUACGAGAAAAAGAUGGUUUAUGGGCUGUACUGGCAUGGCUGUCUGUUUUAGCAAAUAAAAAAUGUAGUGUAGAAGAAGUUAUUUUAGAUCAUUGGAAAAUUUAUGGAAGGAACUUUUACACAAGGUAUGACUAUGAAAACUGUGAAUCAGAUCCUGCUAAAACAAUGAUGGACAAUUUAAAUAAGAAAGCUGAUGACGGAAGUUUAAAAGGUCAAACGUUUUCAUCAGGAGGAAAGUCAUAUAAAGUAGCCAUUACUGAUAACUUUUCAUAUACAGACCCUAUUGAUAAAAGUGUCAGUAAAAAUCAGGGUUUAAGAAUUAUAUUUGAGGAUGACUCCAGAAUUAUUUUCCGUCUGAGUGGUACAGGUAGCAGUGGCGCCACAGUAAGAAUGUAUAUAGAAGGAUAUGAGUCUGAUGCAGCUACAUUUACUAGAGAUCCCCAGGAUGUUUUGAAGCCAUUGAUAGAUAUAGCAUUAGAGAUUUCCCAACUUAGAGAAUUAACUGGCAGACAGUCUCCAACAGUUAUAACAUAAUCAUUACAUAUGGUUUAAAAGGACAAUCUGACCUGUUGUUUUGGGGGGAUUAUCAUAGCAUAAUAUCAUGUGGGGAAUUAUAUAGUGGUUAUUUAUUAUUUAAUACUAAAAUAAGUACUCCUAUUUUUUGGAGCAUAAGAAUAUGUUUUUGUCUAAUUGAGAAGAAAAAGUAAAUAUAUAUUUUAUAAAACCAAAAAGUUUUUAAGCUUACCUUGUUGAUAAUGAUAUGAAAUCUGUUUUCCGAUUGAUUGUGAUUGAUAGCAUGCCAUACCCUAUUUUGUUUUAUAUGUCAAGCUUAUUGGCUCUGUUACAAUUUUAAGUUUUUGUCAAGAUAUUUGUGAAGCUUGUUUUUGAAAUAGCAUUAUUAAUAUCAGAAUAAUUUGUUAUGUUUAUAUUAUUAUAAUAUUAAAUAUUUUAACAAAACCAA